AUGAGCGGACCAGGAGCCGGCCACCAAUUCCCCAGCGAGGACGUGAGUUGGCUGAAGAGAGAUCUCCUUCUCUUUGCCAACAGCAUUGGAUGCACCGCUGAAGAGCUUCAUUUCCUUUAUGAGCUACAUCCAAAUUUUGCAGCUUUCCCAACAUAUCCUAUCAUUUUACCAUUUAAAUGCACCUCGCAAGAGGUCAUUGAUUUCUACUCAAGCAAAGCUAGUAGAGACAUCCCAGGCGUGCCUCCUCUUGAUCCCAAACGUACUGUCGAUGGCCAGAGGAAAAUGUUUUUCUACAAACCCUUGCCAGUCACUAGUGAGGGUCGCAAGUUCGAGCUACAAUCUAAAGUCAUCGGCGUAUACGAUAAGGGAAAGGUCGGCACCGUUGUCGAAGUGGAACAUUUAAUUGUCGAUAAGGAGACAAGGGAAGUAUACACAAAGGUGGUCGGAAGUGCAUUUUAUAUCGGCCAGGGCAAUUGGGGUGGCCCAAAAGGCCCUGCGAGUGUGAACUUCUCUCCGCCUCAGGGGAAGGCUCCUGAUGCAGUCCAUGGGUAUCAGACCACCGAAAAUACCGCUAUGCUCUAUCGACUCAAUGGGGACUAUAACCCGCUUCAUGCUGAUCCUGUGCCAGGGAAGAAGAUGGGCUUUGGUGGUGUUAUAAUCCACGGCCUCUUCAGUUGGAACAUGGCAGCCCAUGCAGUUCUUGAGAAACUAGGCGGCAGCGACCCCAAGAACAUGAAAGAAUUUCAGGCCCGUUUCGCCUCUCCGGUUCGACCUGGCGAUAAGCUUACUACUCAGAUGUGGAAGACAGGUAAAAUAGAGGACGGAUUUGAAGAAGUUAUCUUCAAUACCAAGAAUGGUCAAGGGAAAGUCGUCUUGAGCAAUGGCCGUGCUCUCGUAAAAGUCGUUGGGGCUAAGAGCAAACUGUAG